AUGGCUCGCUUUACCACGGUUUUCAUCUGUCUGACACUUUGCGCUUCCGCAGCCCUUGCAGAGGUUUGCCCGAAGUUCGUGUGCGGGCCGGGAAAUUUCCUGUAUGGCAAGUUCACCGACCCCACAGACCCGCUCAACGAGCCGACGGAUCCUCUGGUUGAAGCGUACUUCACUACGGGCCAAAUGUACAAUUACGAGAAAAUAGACGUUAACGACCCGUUGAUCCUCACCCCCCAGUUAGACUGUUACAAGGUGUGCGUAGAUUACAAGAAGAAGCCGGGCUGCGAGGACCCGCUGAAGAAGGCCAAGUACUGGAUGUUUGAAGAGACGUGUCUGGACGGAAAUGGAGGCAUCUGCACGUGCUACAACAAGUUUCAGUGCAAGGAAGACAAGAGCUACAGCAGCAAGUGGAUGGAGGAGGCCCGAUUCCAGUUCACGGACCACUACGAGGUGCCGGCCAACUUCACGGUGGGCAUGCUGUGCGACGGCAGGGACAAGGGCGACCCGCACUUCACGGGCGCCGACGGCCGGUGGAACGGCGACGUGAAGGCGCUGACGUGGAUCCGGUCGGUGGGGCUCAUGGCGGGACACCACACGGUGGUUCUGGAGGCGCGGCGCGGCGCGGAAGCGGAGUACGGCAACGGGUACCUGGCGCGCGUGGUGGCUGACGGCGUGGCGGUGGAGCUGACUGUGCCCGGCACGACGGUGCAGCUGUGGGACGGCGCGACGCUCAAGUGGGAGGCUGCGCUCAAGCUGAGCGGCACGGACCUUGUGGACGUGUACGACGUGAAGAUCGACGGCGUCGCCACCAUCCGCCUCACGCUCAGGCCCGAGGUCAAGAACCUUCGCACGCCCACGGACGCCGCCGUUCACUUCGGCCUCGACGUGCUCUUCUCCCGGUUUGUUUGA